AAUAAAAAAAAGGGGAAAGAAAAGAAACAUAUUCGUUACAACAAGCAGCAUAAAUAAGAACAGCAGAACACACAGAUAUAGCUGCUGCCAGCAUGUCCAGCGCCACGCAUAUGGCUCUGCCGGCGCAUGCCGUGGUGCCCGGCACUCCACCCAUCAUCAUGAGCAGCAGCAUUAGCGGCAGCAGCAGCAGUACGCCAGCAAUUCUGGGCCAGCCGCUGGGGAAGCGCGGCCACAAGCGGUCUGUCUCGCUGGAGAAUAAUGCGCCGCUGCCGUUGCGCAGCACUCCCAGCCUGUGCAGUGUUCAGGCGCAGACGACGCCACAGCCACAGCCCUCGUAUACGGGCACACUAAAGUCGCGCAACGAGCAGCGACGCCUGAGCCAAAAAUAUGGUAGUCAUAAUAAUCUAGACGAUGACUAUGGAGGUUCGGCAACAGUGACGCCCCAAUCGCGUCUAAAAUUUCAAAAUAUACGACAAAUGUUCGAGCUGAGUCGCAAUUGUGGCACGGCGGGCGGGGAGGGCGGCAAGGCGGAUGAAGUGACGCUGCAAUCGCUGCCAACAGUUCUGACACAGCAGCAGCAGCAACAACAACAACAACAGCAACAGUACUGUGCAGGCGAGCCCAACGAACAGUCCGGCGGCAAUUUUUUGCGGCCAAUUGCUUUCAAGCCCAUACCCUUUGAACCGGACUAUCGCAUUGCCCAGCAUCAACUCCAACACCAACACCAGCAACAGCAACAACAGCAGCAGCAACAACAACAGCAACAGAAUGUAGAGCAGCAGCAGCAGCAGCAGCAGCAACAACAACAACAGCAGCUGCAACAACAACAACAACUCAAUCCAGCUUCACAUUUGCACUCCGAACUGAACAGUGAACGCUACGGCUAUGGUUCAACACCAUCGCUGGCACCUGUGCAGACGUCCGCGCACAAAUUCGGAAGCAUCAACGAUUUGCGUCCGCAUGGAGGCUCGCUCGGGGGGCCCGCUCAUGCCGCUCUGGGUCUGAUGGGCAGUGGCUAUAAUGGUUACGGCAAUAGCCUGAAGCCACGUCGUGGACAUCGUGGGUAUCGGGCACAGUUUCGUUGCAGCAGCAACGACGACAGCACGGAGUCCAUUGCUCUGACAAACGAGGGCAUGGCCAAGGGGAAUGGCCAUAAUGGCGGCAACAACAACAACAACAACAACAUUAACAACAACAGUAAUGGCAAUGCCAAUCCAAAUCAUAAUACCAGCAACAACAACAACAACAAUAACAAUGGAGCUAUCAAGUACCAAUGCGAGCUGACACCCUCACCGAGCGAUUCGGGUAUCUCGGAUUUGGAGGCAGCCCUCAAGGAUCGCGAUUCGGAACUCUCUUAUUUGAGACACACCAUGGAACACAAUGAGAAAGAUAAGGAAGUGUAUUGGGAACACGAGACGCAACGCCUGAAACACUUCUAUGAGGGGCAGCAGCGUGAGUAUUUGUUGAAAUUCAAGAAAAUGGAGCAACUACUGGCCCUGCAGCAAUUCCAAUUGAAACAACACAAGUUGAGGCAAAGCGAACAGCUCCAUAAAUUGCGGGAGCAAUUGGCUUCCGUGCAGCAGGAAUUGGAGCUGGUCAGAUGCAGCAAUCGGAGUCUGAAGCAGACCGAGCAGCAGUUGCAGGAGACAACAUCCUCUUUGAACCGGCAACUAGGCGAGGCUCAUCAAACGAUAGCCGCGCUGCGCACUCAGCUGGAGGAUAGCGAAUGGAAGGUUUGUGAGCGGAACGGAGAGAUAGCUUUACUGAAGACGCAGCUGAAAGAAGCGCAUCUUGAAAUCAACAUGAAGGAUCAUGCAAUUGUCAAUUUGAAGCAAAACAGCAAUCACAGCAAUAAUCAUCAUCAUCAUCAUCCUCAUGAGAACACAUCCUCGUACCAAAGUCAACCAAAGCCCAAGGCGGAGAGCUCGGAGCCGGAACAACAACAACAACAACAGCAGAAACAACAACAGCUGCAUACAAUAAUUGCACUGAAAGAUGACGUCAUCAGCGCUCUCACCAAUGAAUUGGCCAAAUUGAGGAAGGAACUCUCCGACCUGGCCAUUGCCCAUGAGUAUGGAGAGGAGCCAUGCGGUCGCUAUACUCGCCUCAAACAGCAGCUGGACAACCUAAACGAGAUCUGCCAGAAGACGCGCAAAUAUGCUCAAGCAACGCCGGGAAUUGCGUCGAAUGCUCCGCAGCUGGACGCGAUUAUGCAACGCCUUCAGUUGGCGAACAGUCUGGAUCAGGGGAAGCAGUCGCAGCAAACGCUCGACACACUGAUCGAGGAGUCCACCACCUAUGCCGAGGAUAUUGCUAAGCUUAGGCAGAAGCUCGACGAUUUCCGCAUUAAUCUGGAGCUGGAGAAGCGACAGUGGUGUGCCGAAAAGGAUAAGGUGCUCAGCUAUCAGAAACAAUUGCAGGCCCACUACAUACACAUGUAUCAGAAGCUGCGAUGUCUGGACAAUGCAACGACAAUUACGACAAGUGGGGUGCCACCAAAUGUGGCGGUAGCAACAGCUACGAAGGCCCGGGAGACGGCCAAUGUGAGCUGAGCUGAAUGGUGCUGGGAGGAUUUCUUUUAAUUUUUUUUUUAUUUGUUUUUUGCUUUUUUUUUUACCACAAUUCAGCCCCGAGGGCAGAAUGUUAUUCCUUUUUUGUGUUUCUUAUGAAAUCGACGAAUUUAUUUUGCAAUUUUUCAUUUGAAGGACAACCAUUUCGAUCGAUCGAGCGAAUAAAUCUUUCUUCUGACAGACAAGUAGUUUGCGCACAAACUCAUCUUAAUUGCCACACAAAAUCGUUGUCAAUUGGUCUUUUCUUUCACCUUAGGACUGGCUUCACUGUAACACACUCUCUUGUUUUUAUUGCAAAUAGUGUGACCGUAUUUUGAGAAGCUUGUUCACCUUAUUAAAAAAAAAUGCAUU